AUGAGAGCUCCACCUGUUUUCCUACGAUAUGGGUGGCGAUCCAGAAGCCAGUAUACCUCAAUAGGAAGGCGGCCAUUUUCGAGUGCUAAGCCAAUUUGGCAGGUGGCACAUAAAGACGACUUGGCCAAGAUAUUUGACGACCAAGCAUAUUUCGAGGACUUCAACAACACCUCUUCUUAUAAACUUCCGUUUUCAUUCAAAAAACAGGAGACCGGCUUAUUCAAAAAUGAGAUGUUAUCAAGUCCACUGGGGUUGGUAGAGUUCUCAAAGCAAUCUUUGGUGGAUGCCAAAUCAUUAGUCGAGGAAAUGCUCAACAAUACCUCCGAUGAAGGUAAAUUAAACUAUAUAAAGAAGUUAGAUCAGCUAUCCGACAUACUUUGCCGAGUGAUUGAUGUUGCCGAAUUUAUCAGAAUUGUACAUCCCAGCGCCAAAUGGGCGAACGCAGCUCAAAAGACUCAUGAGAUCCUUUUCGAAUACAUGAAUCAACUAAAUACCAACGUGGAGCUAUAUACGACUUUGAUUGAUGUGUUAAACGAUUCCGUGAUUGCAUCGAAGUUGACCGAGGAGGAGAUAAAAGUGGGGGAGUAUUUGAAGCAGGACUUUGAGAGAUCGGGUAUCCACAUGGACCCCGAAACAAGAAACAAUUUUGUUGCCAUUACACAAGAGAUUUCCUUACUCGGGUCUCAUUUCAACAAUGAAAUCAAUGCGCUGGAUUCGUCCUGGUGUGCGAUCACAACUCAAGAUUUGGAAAGUAUAGAAGAUCAACACAUUAAAAAAGAGAUUCUUUUGCUUCAGUCAAAAUACAAAGGUGAAAAGAUUGCCAACGAGUAUUAUGUUCCGUUAUUCGCACGUAUUCCCUACGCCAUAUUAACAAAGUGUACAUCAAGCGAGUUGAGGAAAAAGGUAUGGGUGGCGUUGCACAACUCCUCUUUGGAGCUGAUAAGCAUACUCGAUAGGUUUGUUGCAUACCGAGCAUUGUUGUCACAGAUGUUGGGGUAUAAGUCGUAUGCUCAUUAUCAACUAGAGCAUAAAAUGGCAAAGUCACCAGAAAAUGUUGUGGCGUUCUUGAAAAACAUACAAAACUCGUUGAAGAGUAGUACAGUUUUGGACGAGUUGAAGCUUUUGAAUUCAUUUAAUGAUGAGAAGAAUGUCCAAAAGGAUGACGACUUGUUGUUGGACGAGAUUAAGCCAUGGGAUCGUGAUUUGUUAGUGUCGAGGAUGCAAAAACACAAGCAACAGGAUAUCGCUGUGCAAACAAAGAUUUCAGAGUAUUUUUCAGUGGGAACUGUUAUUUCAGGAUUGAGCAAAUUGUUUGAAAAAUUGUACAAUGUUUCCUUUGUUCCCGAAGCUACCUCACUGGGAGAGGUAUGGCAGUCGAACCAGGUGAGGAAGUUGAAAGUCAUUGACAAUGGAAGCAACCAGAUAUUGGGGUACUUGUACCUUGAUUUCUGGUCACAAAAGGUUAUGCCUUCGCAUUUCACGAUUACUUGUCUGCGAAGACUACACCCAUGGGAGAAUAUAUCUGAAUACAAAAAAAAAGUACAGCUCGAUCAGGAUUACCAGCUUCCCGUCAUUUCAUUGGUUUGUAAUUUUAGGGACAGUUUUCAAAAGGGCCCCACACUACUCUCACUUGAUCAAGUCGAUACCAUAUUCCACGAAAUGGGACAUGCAAUGCACUCAAUGAUCGGACGUACAGAGUUGCACAACUUGUCGGGAACUAGAUGCGCCACGGACUUUGUUGAAAUUCCUUCUGUGUUGAUGGAAUCAUUUAGCAAAGAUUUGCGAGUCUUGGCAAAGAUAGGGAGACAUUACCAGUCGGGGGAGCCAAUCUCCGAAAGUUUGCUACAGCAAGCACAUCAUGAUAAAAACACUCUUUCGGCGUGCGAAACGUUUAUGCAAAGCAAAAUGGCUACGUUGGACCAGAGAUUGCACAGUCCCGAGAUGGUUGGCAAGUUAGCAUCUGGGUUGAGCGCAAUCAACUCGACAGAGAUUUAUCAUUCAGUUGAGCAAGAUUUAAGGGUAUUUGCUGAUAAGUGGUCAACUUGGCAUGGAAAAUUUCCACAUUUAUUUUCCUACGGUGCUGUGUAUUAUCUGUACUUGCUCGAUCGAGCCAUUGCGGAAAAGCUUUGGAAAGGUUUGUUUGACAAGGAUCCAUGGAGUCACGAAGCCGGAAUCAAGUACAAGGAAAGUGUAUUGAAGUGGGGUGGAACGAAGGACCCGUGGCUUUGUCUUGCUGAUGCGUUGGGGACAGAGGAGUUGAAGGAAGGAAAUUCCAACGCCAUGGAGUUGAUUGGGCAAAAUGCUUCUUUGUAA